AUCGCAAAGUGAUAAACAGUACAGAGAGAAUUUCCAGUUUUAUUUUGACUUUGUUUGUUUGUUUGUUUGUUUGUUUACCAUGACGGUUUCUGGAGCAUACCAUUAUUCGUAUUAAACGAGUAGUACCCCUUAUGAAAAAAAUAUAUAAACCAUCAUAGAAUUUAUAAUGGUUGUAAUGGGAAUUGUAUUGGUUUUAAUGGAAACUCUAAUGGUCCCUAUGGGUCUCUACUGGCCAUUUGUUAUGUUAUGUCUAGUUGAUACCAUUAUGGACCGGAAAUUCAUUUUAAUGGUUAGCUGAUGGUUUGUAAUGGUAUUUAUAGUGGAAACCAUUAGAAUUUCUGUGAUGGUUUCUAUUGUUUUUUUGUUUUUUUUUUCAGCAGUGACCUCUACUUACUGUUCGAAAAAAACGAGAUCAUGCAAAUUAUGUAUUUAAAACAUGCUAUUAAAAUGUAUUUUCUAACAAGAAAUUAUACAUUGCUCAGUUUGUUUGUUUGUUUUAUUCAGUUUAUUUAUUCUGGAUCCAUUUUGUUAUUCUCGACGUGUAUUAUCUGUAAGUCUAAUCUCAAACGACUGCUUAGCGUACGAGUAGUGCACUACGUAAACCGUUAUUAUAUAUCUGACGUAGUGCACUAGUGUAGCGAGCAUUACUCUAUUUGGGAUUCAGCCCUCUGUUUAGCCUGACGCUUCCUGGAAUGUACCACCAUCCCUGUUCAGCGGGUUGAACCUCUAAUUCAUAUUUUGCACUAUGUUCGGAAAAAAGCUCAUAAAUGGAAGAGUCCGGCGCCAAAUCUAAAGUAUGUUUAUACACACAAGAUGUACGGGUAAAGUUUUCUAAGUCAACCGUGUGGUGUAGAAGGACGGACAAUUCGUCAAUAAAUCCUCUAGUAGGAAAUACGUCUUCUGAAGAAAACACCUCUUCGACUCCGAAGGACAGGACGGUCUCCUCAACCCCGAGUUCAGCAAGAUAAUCAGAAUGACUGCUCGCAGCAUGAACGAUCGAACACACAGAGGUCGAUAAUGAUGUAAUUCCAGGCUCUGACUUUAGAGAUAACGAGUGUUUCAGAAACCAGGUAUGCGCUGAACAACUCGGCUUGUUUUGAGGCUGAAGAUGUGGCUGAACUCGGAGCAGGUGGCUCUCACAAGCCUGAUGUUUGAAACCUACGUGACGGAGCAUCACAGGAACGACAUCCUGCAGAUCCUGCAGGAACCUGAUGAAGAUGCACAUUACUCACUCGUGGUUAACGCUAUGAACUUAUUCGAAGCCAACAUGGAGGUUGGCGAGUAUUUCAACGCCCUCCCCAGCCAGGUGCUGCCCAUAUUCGACGAGGCGCUUCACGCCGCCGCGCUCGCCGUCUCUCGGUCCGAGCCGCCACUGAGCUCCUUCAGGAUGAAACGCAACCUGCACGUCCGCGUCUCAGGUUUGCCCGUGUGUCCCGAAAUGACCAGAGAACACAUCCCUAAAGCCCGGGACGUGGGCCACUUCCUGUCCGUCACCGGCACCGUCAUCCGCACCAGCGUGACCAAAGUGCUGGAAUACCAGCGGGACUACAUGUGCAACAAGUGCAGACACGUGUUCUCCGUGCAGGCCGACUUCGAGCAGUACUACAGCUUCACGCCACCCAGCCGCUGUCCCAGCGAGGACGAGUGCGGCUCCUUCAGAUUCACCUGCCUAGCUGAACGAGACGCCCCGCCCUCAUCCUGCAGAGACUACCAGGAGAUCAAGAUCCAAGAGCAGGUACAGAGACUCUGCGUGGGCAGCAUCCCUCGCUCCAUGCUGGUCAUUUUAGAAGACGAUCUGGUGGACGGCUGCAAAUCAGGAGAUGAUAUCACGGUGUAUGGGGUGGUGUGGCAGCGCUGGAAACCACUGUACCAGGACUCUCGCUGUGAUGUGGAGAUUGUCCUGAAGGCCAACUACAUCGAAAUCAACAACGAUCAGUCCACAGCAGCAGUGGCACUAGAGGACUUUCAGAAAGAAUUUGAGGAAUUCUGGGAAAUUCACAAGCACGACCGUAUAGCUGGCAGGAAUCAGAUUCUGAUGAGUCUGUGCCCCCAGGUGUUUGGGAUGUAUGUGGUAAAGUUGGCUGUAGCCUUGGUUUUGGCAGGUGGAGUGCAGCGAGUCGAUGCCUCGGGAACGAAGGUGAGAGGCGAGUCUCACCUCUUGCUAGUGGGCGACCCGGGCACAGGGAAAUCUCAGUUUCUGAAGUACGCAGCAAAAAUCACACCGCGCUCAGUCCUCACUGCUGGCAUCGGCUCCACUAACGCAGGUCUGACGGUAGCAGCAGUGAAGGACUCCGGAGAGUGGCACCUGGAGGCAGGAGCGCUGGUUCUCUCUGAUGGAGGCCUGUGCUGCAUAGAUGAGUUUAACAGCAUUAAGGAACACGACCGCACCAGCAUCCACGAGGCCAUGGAGCAGCAGACCAUCAGUGUAGCUAAAGCCGGAAUGGUGUGUAAACUGGACACCAGGACAACGAUACUUGCAGCCACCAAUCCUAAAGGCCAGUACGACCCCAAUGUGUCCGUGUCUGUGAACGUAGCUCUGGCCAGUCCUCUCCUCAGCCGCUUUGACCUGGUUCUCGUCCUGCUGGACACCAAGAACCCGGAGUGGGACAAAAUCAUCUCCUCGUUUAUCCUGCAGAAUAAAGGUGUCCCGAGUCAGUCUUCAUCAUUAUGGAAUAUGGAGAAGAUGAGAGCGUACUUCUGCGUGAUAAAGAGGCUGCAGCCGCGCAUCACUGAGGACGCCAACUCCAUCCUGACCCGCUACUACCAGCUACAGAGACAGAGCGACAACCGGAACGCCGCACGCACCACCAUCCGCAUGCUGGAGAGCCUUGGCCGUCUCGCAGAGGCCCAUGCCAAGCUGAUGUUCAGAGAGAGCGUGACGGUGGAGGAUGCCGUAGUGGUGGUGUCUGUUAUGGAGUGCUCCAUGCAGGGUGGCGCACUGCUCGGUAACGUGAACGCUCUGCACACGUCCUUCCCUGACGACCCCGGAGAGCAGUACAGAAGCCAGUGUGAGAUUGUUCUGGAGGGCCUGGGCCUCACACACAUCCUCGACAAAGAGCUGCAGAGGCUCUCAGGGAAGAAGGACUGCGGUGACGAGUCGUCCGGAGGCAAGCAUCCGAGUGACGCGCGCAGAGAGAGCGCAAACAGCGAUGAGACGUCUGCGUCUGACCCAGGCCUCGGCUGGUUUCACAGCUUAACCAGUCCGGCUGAAGGGAAUUCAGCAUUCCCGGCAUCUCCCAUUCGUUCCUCUACACAGUAUCACACAGCUAAUACAACGUGCCCUAGUGUGUUGCCUAGCAACAGUGGCUCGGAGCCUGGCGAGGGCUCGGCGUGGGAGAAGCAGGCCGACGAAGACUGCAGUUCAGUGGUGCAAAAGAUCUCCAAAAAGCUCAGGACCAAACGAUUGAAAGCGAUGAACACGGAGCGCUCGGAGAACGCUUCGGACGAAAGAUUAAAUACAGAGCGGCCGGCAUCUCCAUGCACGCUUCCGUGCCACAGCACGCCGAUGGUGGACAGGAAACGACCUUCUAAAAGAAAAGCGCAAUCUUUUAGUCCACCCGUGAUGGAACAGUCCGAGAGUGAAAAUCUACAGGUCGACCUGUCGAGCUUCACCUUCAGACCCAGAGAGAGGAUGACGCACACGGAUCAGGCUAGUGGGUCAAAUCUGGCUCCUACAACGGAUAACAAACGAAUUUCACAACCGAAACGAAAUGAGAAGGAGCACAAUCAGUGUUGUGAGCAGCCAGCAGAGGGCAGCAGUGUGUGUAAGAAGCUCCGAACGCGAGUCCAGGCUGAAGUCGUCGGAGAGAUUCCCUCUGAAAAGCCACGCGAGAGAGACGGAACAGCUGACGACGCAGCGCACAAACGCCAGCAACUCGUCCGCAGCCUGAGCACCGCGCCUCCAAACCAGCCCGAUUCCUCCGUUCGGCCAUGCCAACCGAAGACUAAAGUGGCUUCCUCCACCCUGGCCAAGCUCUCCGUGUUCUCUUUUGUUCCCUCUCCUGAGGAAAAGACCAGCCAGAAUCUUACCACAGCUCCAACACAGGAGAACAACACGCCGGUUUCCAAGGACGACGCGAUGCCAAAAGAUGCCAGCGCAGCAGAAAGCGCACACACGAGCACUGUGACUGCGGAGCAGAAAAGCUCGACGAAUUCAGCCACAGAGACUCGUCAGAAGACGAGCAGACCACACGCGAGGACUGAGACGUGUGAGGAACAAUCGGCGAGCUCCAGGAAGAGGAAGUGCUAUGAGCUGAGCUCAGCACGUCUUUUCUCUGGCCUGUCCUUCUUCAGCUCCUCUAUUGUAGAUGAUGAAGCUCUCGAUGUGGAUUGGGAGGAGGAGUCCAGAAAGAAAGUUUCAUAAUUUAAGAUAUCUGUAUGUACAGUAAAGUUGCAUUGAAGUUAUACUCCAGUCGAAGCUCUAUCCAGUACAUCUGUAGGUUAUGCAUAAUCAGCACAAGCAAACACGAUUUCCUGUUAUGAGAGAAGCACAACCUCCCCCCCGCCUCCUCCCCCGCCAUCACGCCAUUACUACUGUUUCUCUGCAUGGAAACUACAGUUUCUUCUUCAUUUACUAACCUUUUCGCCAGCAGAUGCUGCAAACGUAAUGCGACAUAAACAUGUUGACCCUUUAUAGCCUCCAAUUAUGCACAAGUUUGGCAUGAACAGGUUUUUCCUCAAUACAGGAAACGGUGUACGUUCUUGUCCCCGGUAAUCACACGUACACUACGGAUGCUGUGGAUGGAAAUGAGUCUAAAACAGACGCUUCCUUUAACGUGGAAAAAGAACAAAACAUUGUAGAUAUGAAUCUUGUCUUAUGAUGUAAAAUCUCUCUUGUUGGGUUAGGUGAAAUGAAAAGCUGGUCGAAAGGGGGGAGUAGUCUCCUCCUGCUGUUCUAAAGCACUGCCAAGUUAUGAAUCAACAGUAAAAAAUGCACUCCGUACUCCUUUAUCAGCAAGUAUAAUGCUCCUUUGUGCUCCCCUGUGUUUAGUGAUGAUGUACUGACUAUGCUUCGCCAUCACACUUCUCUUAUUGCUGUAUUUAUUAUGUUUUUUCAUGACCGCUUCCUUCAAUAAGGUAGGAUAACUGCUGACAGAACUGCGACUGCUCGUUACGUCGCGUUUUCACGUGUGCUGGAGUUCUACAGCUUCAGUACAGCGAGUACAUCUACGCGCAUCAGGUUAUAUAGCGCUCGAUAUCCUUCCUUACCGUACAAAUGCGUUCCGGAUAGCGGACGACGUCAAGAAACGUUUUAUUUAUCAGCUUUUAGAGUGAAAGACUUUGAUGAGAAGCUUCCGAGGAGAUCUUAACGAAAGCUUUAGAAGUGCUCGAUGUGUUUGUGUUCGAAAUUCUGACAGAGUGAUGUAUAAAUAAAAUAAAUUAAAGCUCUUUAUUGAUCUAACCUCAAGCAGCAGAAUAACUCGGCAGAUAUGUGCAGUGCUCUGGAUUUUGGCCAGAAUGUGGUUGUCUGUAACACAUCUCAUCUCACUUUUAAAGUCACCGUGAACGCAGCGCCAUUCGAUGUGUUGACAUCAUUUCCACUGGAACAGGAAGUCGGGGUAUCGAGUAGCUCCUCCCCAUUUUUAAAUAGCCAAUAGCGUUUAUCUUACCUCACAGCCCAGGCUAAGCCGUACGCUACAGUUAGCACCACGGAUUUGUAUAAUGUUGGGGGCGGAGCAUUUCAGAUUCUAGAGAGCAUUUGAUUGGACAGAAUAUCUGAUGAGAAGAUGAAGUGCAGAAUGAUGUCAUCACAAUUGUUGAUCCGUAUCUGUGGUAGAGAGAGACUGUCAAUUUUGGAUGUGUAUAUCUUAAUGUGAAGUUUGUCAUUGUUUUGGAGCGCACUAGCUUAUAGCUAACCUUAAAGCGAACAUAUUCGUACUAAAAGCUACAAAACAUCAAAUGUGAUUUCGUCUGGACUUUAAGCAAUAUAUUCUUUCAGACAUUGCGUGGGCUAGCUUGCUUUAAAGAUCACGUCGCGUAAGGAGCCAGGCUAACGAACUGUCAGUCUGUCUAAAAAUGCCUAAAACCUUGCUAGCUAACUGUGAUUUCCGCACGCACCGAAUGUCACGCUUUGAUCACGUUUUUUUGGAUCGCUACGUACGUCUUAGCAAAACAGACGUUAGCCUAAUCGAUUCGGAUACCGGCUAUCACGGUGUCUGCGAUGCUCCUGCACCAUCACGUCGUCAUCAGAACAGAAGGCCGCGUCCACGCUCCAUACAGACGACGGAGACCAAAGGUUUAAAUGACCGAAUAAAAAGAGCGCAAGACGUUUCUCUGACGGAACAGACGUGCACGAACGGGUCGGAGAUUAUGUCCGCACAGAUGUUAGUCAGUCCCAUCCAGGAUUACGUGAUUUUGCGCUCACAGAAAUGAACGCAAAAUCAAGCACGCUCCGGAGUAUUCAGAGAAGCUUGCCGUUUUUAAAAAUCACUGCAGGUUCGGACCACAAGUCAAAGCCAGAAUUUAUAUAUAUGUGUGUGUGUGUGUGUGUGUAAGAAAUUUAAACCAAUAACUCAAAUAUGUCGCAAAGCUAUUCAAUGUUCUUUCAGUAUUUAGUUUAAUAUACAAUAUCUUUGUGUAGAUGUUGAUAUUUUAUGAUGGAUGUGUUGUGUGUGCAUUAGAAGACCUUUCCUUUGCCCUUGAGUUAGACACAGAGAAAGAGCUGUCUCCAUUACCGAAUGAGGUCUCGUCUCCAGCUCGAGCCGGUCAAAGUCUAGUCAACGGCAGACGGUGAGGAGCGUCGGAUCCGGUGUUCCUCACAGAGCCGAGCCGUGCUGAGGAGAAAGCGAGCGGUAACACGAGGAGUUAAUGGAUCCCAGCUUCCUGCAGAUGAAGCCCCAGCAUCAUCAAUAAUGAAGUGUUAUUGACGUUUAACGUCUCGCUCGGUGUCAUCGAGAUAGCACACCCCCUCCUCUAACCGACAUUACAUCAUCCUCAGAGCAGCCGGGAGGAUUUGUAAUGUGUUUUAUUGUCUUGGUUACAGACUGACCUUUUGGGGUUUUGUUUUAUUUGUAUUCUAGGUCAGAAAUCUACUUCUGGAAAGGCUUUGGGAGCUGUCUCGGUUCCAGGAAAAGAGUUGCAGCAUGACUGAGGAUGAUGUAUUGAAAUUAAUCAGGCUGGUUCAAGACUAGAUUGUUUUACUAGCUAGUAUAGUUUGUUUUAUUGGUGCCUCAGGAUUAGUGCAACAGCACAGCAAUUUAAUACAAAAAAUAAAGCUAAUAAAGAUCAAGAGCUUUAAAUAGACACCAGAUAGAACUGGAGCUCUCGUAAGUGGCGUACAUUAACACGCAAUUAGAAGAACUCGAUCCCACUUCUGUGCCUGGCUACUGUAACUAAUCUAGCUUGCUAGCUCAUAAGCGCUUUAUCUGAAUCGUCGAUUUAUCUGUCUAGCUGACUGGAUAAUAAAGUGGCGUUUACGUUAUGUGAUCAGCAACUUCUUUAGAGAAUCGCUGAUCUCACAAGCUUUCCGCUAAAGUUGCUGUUGCUAAAUCUGUGUCCAGUUUCAUCCCCUCCUUUUAUUUUUGUAAAAUCAGCUCUAAAAUGUCCUCGUUUCAUUAUUUUUGGUGGUGGUGUUUGUUAUGCUUUAAAAAAAAAAAGUUUAUCCCCAUAGUAAGCUCAAAAAGA